UUUUUUUUUUUUUUGUCGGCUCUGCAGGAAUGUGUGGAAAUGCUCGUGAUGGGGAAGAGGUAACAACGCACCUUCCUGCUGACAAAUGAACCGACUAACAGAUGUCAAUGCCUUUGGGUUUCGGCACUGAGGAUAGCGGAGACAGACUCGGAUCGGCGUGUAGCUGAAUAUCUGUCCUAUUAUCCCACAUUCCUGGAGUCGCAUGAUUGAUUGAAACUGCUCCUCCUCCUCAUGGCGAAAAACACACUGUCCUCGCGAUUCCGGGGAGUCGACAUCGACGAAUACGACGAGAAUAAAUUCGUGGAUGAUCAAGAUGAGGCUGCCGAACAGCAGGGACCCGACGCGUCAGAGGUGGACGAUCUCAUCAGGCAAGGGGACAUGAUGACGGCAUUUCACAUCGCCUUGAGGAAUCCACCAAUCAACUCCAAGAAUCUGGCAGUGAAAGAGCGGGCCCAGGCAGCGGUGUUACGAGUGUUGACUGCAUUUAAGAGCAGCGAUAUUGAGCCUGCGGUGAAAUCUCUGGACAAGAACGGAGUUGACCUGUUGAUGAAGUACAUCUACAGAGGCUUUGAGAAGCCCUCAGACAACAGCAGUGCCAUCCUUCUGCAAUGGCAUGAAAAGGCUUUUGCCGUAGGGGGUCUGGGAUCCAUCGUACGGGUGCUGACUGCGAGAAAGUCCAUCUGAGAAACAAAGUGUAAAGAGAGAUAACCAGCCAUGGGAUUUACUCUCAUUUCUCUGUCUUAGACAUGGACCGCUUCCUCUCUAAUGACUCAAAUCAACUUGUCAAAGCAAAAAAUUUAUUCGGGGAACACCACACUACCACAGCCAAUAGAUUAUUUCACUCAAAAGCAAGAGGCCAUACAAGAUAUUGUAUGAUAUUUAAUGUAAAUUAUUGAUUCUUCUAUAUGUUCUUAUGGAAUUCAAACAGCCUGGCACAUUUCUUGACUAAUGAAAUCGAACCGUUAUUGCAACAGUCCGUGAACUGCAGAAGAAGGACAAUGAAUCAAAUGGAGAGACUUUAAAGAAUAAGCCCUGAGCUGAAAUUUCAGGGCAUUAAAUACUGUGGCGAAUCUGAAAGUUGUAUUUGCUUGUUUUACUUAGUUGCCAGUAGUUCCAAGUCUCAUUUUUCUUAUUGUACAGAAAGAGGAUGAUGUUUAAUAUAUAGUAUUUAGGUGGUGAAUCUAUGGUUUCAUUCGUAGUGUUUGAUUGAAUUAGGUUGGUAUAGGAGGGUUAUUGUGAAGUGCCUGGUGCAAUAAAGAACAUAAAAAGUGUUUGUUUUUUUUAUAUAUGAUUAAUUGGUCUAUUUGCCCAAGUAUAAUGAGCCCACCCCCAAGUUUCUAUAAUAUUCUGGGCCUUAGAAAUGGUUCAGGUCCCUCCCUCAAUGUAACUCUUAAGGACAAAACCGUUAGCAAGUACUACUUGUUACAGUUUGAUGGAAUAAUGGCAAUUAUAAUGUCAUUGCACAGGUGAAGGUAGAGUCAGAUUGUUAUAAACAGUGAGAAUGUUCACAUGCAUGAUUCUACACCGAUUACACUUAAUAAGCUAACAACAUGUGAGAUCAUUUAAAUGGCUUUUAUUAAUGAAAUCUCAUAAACUGUUUAAGUAAAAAAUGAUCAGCACAUGUAGAUUUCAUCCAUUAACUGGAUUUCAAGUUGCUUUGUAAAUGCCUUUAUUGGUGUUUUUAUUGGCUGAUCUACUGGGUGCUAUUCAAAAAGCAGAGAAUACUCAGAUUAUUCCAAAUAUCAUGUAAAGCUGGUUUUAUUGUGUUGUCUGAUUUAUUAAUAAGUGCAUGUAAACACACUCACUCAUUACAUAUAGAUGAGAAAUUUGGCAGUUGUAUUCAGUGCUGGGUAGUAACGGAUUACAUGUCAUCUGGAUUACGUACUCCGAUUACUUUUUAUGGAUUACAUUAUUACUUAUUUAGGCAAUGGCAGUAAAUUGUACUUAAUUUAUUAAGUCCCCUAUUUCUUUUUUAAAAUCUUGUACCUUUUUUAUUCUAAAUAAGCCUACCAGUGAUGCACAAGACCAUACCUUCUCAUGACAAAUAAUUAUGCAAAUUACUAAACACUGCUGAUGUAUAGCUGUGAAAUAAUGUCUUCAUAUCCAGUGAAUUUCACUAAUUAUUGAUUCUGGAAAACAAGUUUAAAAAGAAAAUAAUAAUUUUCAUCUUUGCAAAAAUAUACACACAAACACAUCAUAUAAAUUCACAUUUUCUGCUUCAAGUUGUCUUCAAAGCAUUUAAGCAACAUUAUAUCAAAAUACUGUAAUUAUCAUACUCAAAUGAACAAGUCAUCAAAUAAACAAAGAGUUAGGUCAGAGCAAUAAUCAUUCAAAAAGAAUCCGAUUAGAAUACUUUCAAAUAUAAUCCACAAGAUUAAGUUGCUGAUUUGCUAUUUUAGUUGUCAAUUGUAAUCAGUAUUGGAUUGUAAUUCUGACGUUAUCAACCAGCACUGGGUAUCUUACAAAUUGUAAUCUAUUGGAGAAAACAAACCGAACCUUGAAAUGAUAUCUUUGCUUUAUCUAAUGUAUGAUAUUAUUUUAAUUCUUCUCUCAAAUGAUUAUGAAAGUCUUUGCCUCGUCACUUUCAAAUCCACUUUUACAACAAGAAGAGAGAGUAGUCAGCACUCACAUCAAGAUACAAGCAUAAAUAUGACUUCAAACAAAAUCACUGAAAAGAUUUUUAAUUUUAUUUUAUCAAGACUUGAUGUUCUUGACAUACCAUAAAGUGAAAUCAAAAUAAGGAUGCAGUGGUAUUUUGAAGCAACCAGAAACAAUGGAUACUUCUAUGAUGGCUACAGUAUUAUAAAACAUUUGUGCAUGUUCUCCGUUUGUGCUAAAUUAACUUUUCAAAAUAAAUCUUAUUUCCAGACUGUUUUACACAGGGCAUUUAUAUAUAUUCUCCAGAUGUGUUUUAACUUACAAUAAAACAGGGUGUAAAAAAUGUCCAGUUGAAUUUGAAAAAGAAAUGACAUUUUCAAGG